AUGUCACCGGAGAAACUGAGCCCCGCCGCAGAUGGGGGCCUAUACCCCGUCCCCCUAGCCUCCCACGACGACGUCGUUAAGGAUCCAACUCUCUUCUUCAACACCCUCCAAAGCUUCCAUUUUGAACUCGCCUCCAAAUUUAUGGUACCUGUGAUCGGAGGGAAGGAGCUCAAUCUGCAUUUGCUCUAUCUCCAAGUUACCACAAGAGGCGGCUAUCACAAGGUGGUGGAGGAGAAAAAAUGGAGAGAGAUAAGCGCGGUGUUUGAUUUCUCUCCGACGACAACGAGCGCCUCCUACGCUUUAAGGAAACACUACUUCUCUCUUCUUCGUGGUUACGAGCAAGUCUAUUUCUUUAGAACUCAAGGCGCCAUCCUCAAUCACACAGGCCCUCUUUCAUUCCAGGCUGUAGGAACAAUCGAUGCCAAAUUCGACUGCGGUUACCUCGUUUCAGUGAAGUUGGGGGACGAGACGCUCAAUGGCGUGCUCUACCACCCGGCCACUCCAACGCACAAUGCCCUCGUACCUUAUGCUCCCGUGCUUCAUAAGCCAGGCCGCCGCACAAGGAGGAGAAGGUCGGGUGAUCCGGGCCGCCCAAAGCCCAACAGGAGCGGCUACAACUUCUUGUUCGCAGAGAAACACUCGGCCCUCAAAUCUCUCUACCCGAAUAGGGAAAGAGAGUUCACGAAGAUGAUCGGCGAGUCGUGGAACAAACUCUCCCCUGAAGACAGAGUUUACCAGAACUAUGGAUUAAAGGAUAAGGAAAGGUACCAGAAGGAAUUGAAAGAGUACAAGGAGAGGUUGAAGAUGGGGCAAGCCUUACCUUGUUGAAG